UUCUCGCUUGCAAUUUUUAUGUGAGGCAAAAAUUUGGGGAUGUGGGGGAUGUUAACUAGUUUCUCUAAGGCCAAAAUAGGCCUACCUGGUAGCAAUGGGAGCUGCACCUUUCUAAUCCUCUCUGUGAGAAACUGAGAGUUAACUUUGUGGACAAACAAAUAUUAGCUCUUCCCAUAUUCACUAUCAAUUGUCAAUGGCCAACCCUCCCCACCCCCCACCCCCCACACCCCUCCAAUGAGCAAGACAACUGGCAAGUUUGAUUCUUCUGGAAAGAGAGAUAUAAUAUUGGGCAAAGGGAUAGAGCCAAGGACAAAAAAGAGUCUAGGAUUUGAGUGUGAUUUAUUUGGUCUCAUAUCCCUUCACCUCUUCAUCUUUCUCUUGUUAUAAAUAGACACAAACAAGAGGAAAACAGUCCAUAUAUCACUCUUCUCACUUCACAAUUAUUAUUGCAUCUUUGCAUACACUGCAAGAAUACAAGAAUUCAAACUCAAAUUGCAAAAGCCUCAUACAUAGAUAGAUGAUGAACAUGUCAACUUCUGAAUGCAGCAGCGGAUGCGAAUCGGGUUGGACUAUGUAUUUGGAUCAACACUCCAGCUCCACUGAUCCAUACAGCAGAGCUUAUGUUCAGAACUAUGAAGAGAAAGGAGUGUAUGUGAAUUAUGAGGAUGAAGAAGAUGAAGAUCUGUCCAUGGUCUCAGAUGCAUCAUCAGGGCCUCCACACUUCCACGAGUACGGAAACUGCGGUGUCGACACGCAGUAUUAUGGCUACUCACCUCCAGGUUCUGAAGAUAAGAAGAAAACCAAGCAGAAAAGUAAAAGUAAAGAGACAAGAACCAUGAAGCAGCAGAAUUUGUGCCUUGAUGAUACUGCUAGCUCUCCAGUCUAUCAUUUCUCCCAGGGCAAUGUACCUCCUUCUGGUAGUCAUUACUCAGUGCAGCAAGAAGGCUUUUCUUCUGCACAUUUUGAGAGUGAAUCUAGAUCAAAAAAGCAUUUAGGCUUCUUCAAAUCUUCUGCAAAAGGGAAAUCAGGCAGUUUGCUGGGGAGAAAGAGGCAGUGAGAAGUGGGGAGGAGUAUAUUUUCUGUCUGUUGUGCUGCAGUUUGCUCAAGAGAUGGGAUUCCAAAAGUAAAAGGGGAUGGGAGUUGAAUUUCAGACAUCUUUGUUUGUUGUAUCUCUUUUUCAUCUAUUUGUUUAAUCUUUUUCUACCUGUUACUUGUUCCUGUCCAUGCAGUAGGGAACAACUUGGGAUCAUAAAUGUAAAAAUUAAGUUAAGAAAUCAUUAGAAAACAAUAAACCAUUUUUUUUGGUUUU